UGUAGAGUAACUGUGGGACGAUACCAAAGACUUGGUUUUUCCUAGUUAAUACUAGAGCUUAAUACUUCAUAACACUGACUAGGGCAACWAAGUGCCCUUUUUUUAGCAGAUUCUCGCGCUAUGAAGACUASUUAUUUUCUUUUCGCGUUUCUGCUGGCACUUUGCACCUUACUAGAGUUAACAUCUAGUGAACAGAUAACUAAAAAACUCUGGUGGCGUAAACGUCGUCGCUCACGCCGUCGAUGCCGUCCAAAGAAUUGUGAAGUAARUCAUUGGUGCAGCUGGAGUCAUUGCAGUGCAACAUGCGGCGGACAUGGCCGUCAAAUGAGGAGUCGAAAAAUCACCAAAAUCCAAAAAUGUGGAGGAAAGUGCCAUCAUAGCCUGGUCGAAUACCGAUUUUGUAAUAGYCCASUUGUAUGUUUGAAUGGUGGGGUGUUUGACUGGCAAAGUAACUCAUGCCAUUGCAAGAUGGGAUACACUGGGAAAUGCUGYGAGUCGAACAGUAAAGUGAAUGGUGGGUGGUCAAAUUGGAGUUAUUGGUCUCGGUGUUCUAGGACUUGUGGUAAAGGAUACAAGCACCGUACAAGAACGUGCWCCAAUCCUCCGCCGGCUAAUGGUGGUCGUCAGUGCUGGGGAUCUGGUCGACAGACAAGUUCUUGCUGUGAGAAACAAUCUUGCAAAGUGUCAAUUGAUGGAGGUUGGUCUGCAUGGUCAAAAUGGUCUUCKCCCUCAAGGACAUGUGGAGGCAUUAUCAUAAAUGGGAGAUGUCGCACCAGAACGUGUACCAAUCCACGCCCGGCUAACGGUGGUCGUAACUGCUUCGGCUCUAAUAAACAGUAUAUGACCCUGUUCCUUCCUAAGUGCCCAGUCGAUGGAGGGUGGUCCAACUGGGGUGCUUGGUGCAAAUGUUCUAAGAGUUGUGGAUCUGGCAUACAGUACCGUAAGCGAUCUUGUACAAAUCCACGACCAGCCAGUGGCGGUAGACAGUGUCAUGGGAAGGACAGAGAAAUAAGGACGUGUCACAUUGCAACGUGCAUGCCUUCUUACAGUCACAAAGGAUGCUUCAAGGAUGCUGCAUCAAGAGCGAUGGCUCAGUCAUUGGGGAACUUCAGAGGACAUCACGACGCUGUGAUAAAGUGCGCUAAAAAAACUUUCCACUUGAAGUACAAGUGUUUUGGAGUGCAGUWUGGUGGCGAGUGCUGGUCGGGACCGAACGCCCACAACACAUACAGCAAAUACAACAAGUGCUCCAAAUGUCGCGAUGGAAAAGGUGGACCAUACGCCAACGAUGUCUACUGCUUUUCAGGUGGUUCUGGAAUACAUCCAAUCACACCAGAACCAACAAGGAAACCAAGCACUGAACCGACAAAGAAACCAACGACCAAACCAACACAAAAACCUACCACAAAACCUACGGCAAAACCCACUGCAAAAACUACCACAAAACCAGAUUGUUGGUCACCAUGGGUAUAUAGUAAGUGCAGCAAGCCUUGUGGGUGUGGGGUCAAAGCACGUGUUCGUUACUGUAAAUGUGGAGAUGGCGAGUUUGGUUCUUGCACAGGUCUACCGAUGGAAACUUUCAAAUGUAACUGCAAUCAAUGCGGUCCUCCUGUGGAUUUUUAAUAGUAUUUGUGUAGAGUGGAGCCAUUACAUCCGCGAAACAAAUUUGUACUAUUAAAGUGUGACAGUCAAAUAGACACCAAAGAAAACAAUGCAAUAAUCAAGUUUCGAAUUCUCCAAUGCUCUGUGUUAGCCUCAUUUGUUCGCAAAAUAUUCCUAAUUGUGAGAAUAAAAGUGUGAGAUUUCAAAUCAAUUCUAUUGUCUUUCUUUUCAAAUUGCAUGCGUUUUAUCGGGCUAUCAAUAAAACAAAAGAAUAUGUUACUUUGUUUUGAGGGUAACACAGAGAAAACCAGAACUCGAAAUUGGAGUAUUAGAGUAAGGGCCUGAUUAUAUGAAGCGGGCUAGCCGGGAGGGACAUACAAAAGAAAUCAACCCAGCCAACCAGGCCAGUCCGCUUCAUGUAAUCAGGCCCAAAGGUGUAUUAGUCUAGAAUCUAUCGCACGGGUUUUUUGACUUCACUAUAUCGUCUAUGUAGUAGGGAAAAUUUCAUUUUUUUUAUAACGUAAAAUAAAAACAAAAACAGGAAAAGUUAUGUUUUUACUAAAGGUUAGUGU